AGCAGCAGCUGUUACAAAACCCACACACCUCCGCGCAGCGCAGCCUCCCACACACGCGCACUCGAUUCCCCACUCCUCUCGCGGGUCGCGGCCACUUCGCCGCCGGCGCUCGCAUCGGUCAACUCGACGCCACGGCCACACACGCACCGGCCAUGGCCGCGGCGGCGGAGCAGCAGCAGCAGCAGCAGCAGCAGGGCUUCCGCCCGCUCGACGAGGCGUCCCUGGUGGCCUACAUCAAGGCCACGCCCGCCCUCGCCGCGCGCCUCGGCGGCAGCCUCGACGCCCUCACCAUCAAGGAGGUCGGCGACGGCAACCUCAACUUCGUCUACAUCGUCCUCUCCGACGCCGGCUCCGUCGUCAUCAAGCAGGCGCUGCCGUACAUCCGCUGCGUGGGGGAUUCGUGGCCGAUGACGAGGGAGCGCGCCUACUUCGAGGCCUCCGCGCUGCAGAAGCACCGCGGCCUCUGCCCGGACCAUGUCCCCGAGGUCUACCACUUCGACCGGGCCAUGUCGCUGAUCGGGAUGCGCUACAUCGAGCCGCCGCACAUCAUCCUCCGCAAGGGCCUCAUCGCUGGCGUCGAGUACCCGCUGCUCGCCGAGCACAUGGCGGAUUACAUGGCCAAGACGCUCUUCUUCACCUCCCUUCUCUACAACUCCACCACUGAUCACAAGAAAGGAGUUGCUCAGUACUGCGAUAAUGUGGAGAUGUGUAGGCUCACAGAGCAAGUCGUGUUCUCAGACCCAUACAUGCUCGCCAAAUACAAUCGUUGCACAUCACCCUUCCUAGAUAAUGAUGCUGCAGCGGUUCGAGAGGAUGCUGAGCUUAAAUUGGAGAUUGCUGAAUUGAAAUCAAUGUUUAUUGAGAGAGCACAGGCUCUUCUUCAUGGAGAUCUCCACACUGGUUCCAUCAUGGUGACACCAGAUUCUACUCAAGUGAUUGAUCCAGAAUUUGCUUUCUAUGGCCCAAUGGGUUACGACAUUGGGGCCUUCCUGGGGAACUUGAUUUUGGCAUAUUUUUCACAAGAUGGACACGCUGAUCAAGCAAAUGAUCGUAAGGCUUACAAGAAAUGGAUCUUGAAGACAAUUGAAGAUUCAUGGAAUUUGUUCCACAAGAAGUUUGUCGAAUUAUGGAAUAAACACAAAGAUGGGAAUGGGGAAGCAUACCUGCCCCCUAUAUACAACAGCUCAGAGCUUUUGUGCCUUGCACAGAAGAAGUACAUGACAAGCCUAUUUCAUGACAGUCUUGGAUUUGGUUCAGCAAAAAUGAUCAGGAGAAUUGUUGGAAUUGCUCAUGUUGAGGAUUUUGAGUCGAUUGAGGAUGCCAGCAAGAGAGCUUCGUGUGAGCGACGUGCCCUUAAUUGUGCAAAGGCAAUCCUGAAGGGAAGACGCCAGUUUGAAAGCAUCGGGCAAGUGAUUGUGCAUGUACAAUCGUUUGAUCGGGACUGAUAAUGCCAACCAUCUACACGACCUUUCUGAUUGAGGAGACAAAAGUUUUCAUCUGUUUACCAUAAGCGAUUAUCUGUGCCUAUUACAAAGCAGAAUUGGCCAGUUAUUUGUGCUUUUAGUACUUUGGAUCAUGAAAAGUGUGUGCACUCUGCAAGAUCGAUGUUUUUUUUCACCACUUGGCUAAGCCUUCCACCAGCUUCCGGGCUUCUUAGUUUAUGAGCUGAAUAAUGGAAGUUCAGCACAAACGUUUGUCCAUGGAUAUGGACGAGUGUGUUAUUACAAAUAAAGUUGAUAGUUUUCGGCAAAUAGAUUGUUGUUGUUUUAUUUCAAA